GUAGACAAAAAAAAGAUGUUCAAGAGUCUAGCCCUACUCGCUGUGGUGUUGGCCGUGGCCAGCGCCGAGCUCCACCGUGUGCCCGUCUACAAGCAGGAGAACUUCGUGAAGACCCGCGGCAAUGUGCUGGCCGAGUUGGAUCAUCUGCGUGCCAAGUACAAUCUGCCACAGAUUCGUGCUGUCAAUGAGGAGCAGCUGGAUAAUUAUAUCGAUAUGAGCUACUACGGUGUGAUCAGCAUUGGAACUCCACCACAGAGCUUCAAGGUGCUGUUCGAUUCGGGUUCCUCCAACCUGUGGGUGCCCUCCAGCAAGUGCUGGUUCAUCGAUAUCGCCUGCAUGAACCACAACCGUUACAACCACGACGAUUCCUCCACCUAUGAGUCCAACGGCGAGAGCUUCUCCAUUCAGUACGGCUCCGGCAGUCUGUCCGGCUUCCUCUCCACCGACACCGUCGAUGUCAACGGUCUGGUCAUCAAGAAGCAAACCUUUGCCGAGGCCACCAGCGAGCCCGGCACCAGCUUCAACAACUCUCCCUUCGAUGGUAUUCUGGGUAUGGCCUAUCACCAGCUGGCUGUCGACAAUGUGCUGCCUCCUUUCUAUAACAUGGUUAGCCAGGGACUCGUCGACCAGUCUGUCUUCUCCUUCUAUCUGGCCCGCGACGGCACCUCCACCCACGGUGGUGAGCUCAUCUUCGGCGGCUCCGAUGCUUCCCUCUACAGCGGCGAGCUCAGCUACGUGCCCAUCUCCCAGGAGGGCUACUGGCAAUUCGCCGUCGACAGCAUGACCUUCGAUGGUCAGUCCCUUUGCGAUAACUGCCAGGCUAUUGCCGAUACCGGCACCUCUCUGAUCGUCGUCACCGAGGAGGCUUACGAUAUCUUGAGCAACGUCCUGAACACCGAUGAGAACAACUAUGUCGAUUGCGCCACCGUCGACUCUCUGCCCACUCUGAAGAUCACCAUCGGUGGCAAGCAGUUCGAUCUGUCGCCCGCUCAGUACAUUAUCCCAUCCAACGGCAACUGCAUGUCCGCCUUCGAGUACAUGGGCACCGAUUUCUGGAUCUUGGGUGAUGUCUUCAUCGGUCGCUACUACACCGAAUUCGAUUUGGGCAACAACCGCAUUGGUUUCGCUCCAGUCGCCUAAAUCAGCAAUAAAGCAAACGUUUUUUUUUUCUUCUACUAUAAAUAAAAACAACAACGAUUUCAUAACAC